AUGACCACCAAACCAACCAUACUCCUCAUCCACGGCGCAUGGCACACCCUCGCCGCGUACGAACAACUCAUCGCCAUUUUCAAAUCUCGCGGCUAUCCGGUCGUAGCGCCAACACUCCCCUCCGGCGCGGACACCACACCCCCGAACCCUGUGGAAGCAGAUAUCUCACUCUUUUCGUCUACGGCGCAAUCUCUCAUCGAUGAAGGGAAAGAAGUUAUUGCUGUUGCGCACUCGUACGGCGGGACGAUUGCCACGGAAGCACUCAGCGGGAAGGGGAUUCGGGAACGCAAGGAGAGAGGAUUGCCAGGAGGCGUCGGGAUGAUUGUGUUUAUAGCGGCGUUUGUGUUGCAGGAGGGGAGGAGUCUGGAGAUGAAUGCUCCUAUUGAUAUUGUGCCGUGGGCGGAAUACAAGGACGAUUUGAAAGUGAUAGCUCCGGGUUUCGAUGCGGGACCAGUGUUUUAUCCGGAUCUUUCAAAGGAAGAGCAGCGGAAGUGGCUUUCUACACUGGUUAAGCAUCCCAAGGAAUGCUCUUUUCAUUCUCCUAAGAAGACGGUAUAUGGGGAGGUUGAUGUCGCGUUUGUGUAUUGUCUUCAGGAUCAAGCGUUUCCGCACUUUGCUCAACAGGCUAUGGUGAAUGCUAUUAAGGAGACGGGCGUGACGUUUCGGGAAAUUACACUGGAUUCAGGGCAUUUCCCAAUGCUGAGUAUGCCGGAUGUUCUGGCUGACGAGAUUAUGGGGUUGAUUUGA